AUGUCAUACUCAUCCGGAAGCGGGGGCACACUUACCCUGCCCUCGCCCACACACGUCCACCAUGUCGAUGUUAGCUCGGCUGUUCGAUCGUUGCGACGCUCUCUUUCACGUUCGCCUUCUAAAUUCAGGUUAUCUGGCGCCGCAUCUCCCACUCCGGCUACCUCUUCCAUCUUCCGCCUCUCGCCUACCCCGUCAUCAACGGUGCAGUUUGAGCGGCCAGCUUCCACUCCAAUCCCGGUGACACCGGCGGCUCCGCCGGCAGCUAUUUCCCUUUCCCAAGCUUCUUUUUCGGCACCGCAGCUUCCCGCAAACACUGUCACUCCAUCUCUCAGGCCAAACAUCAAGCUUUCAGUGCGUUCCACACGGUCGAAGCCAUUGACCAGGCCGCUCUCGCGCUCGCGCUUAUCUCCAAAGAGCCCGCUGAAGCGCGUCUUUGGCCCUGCGCCUGAUUCUGGUAACCCUAUUCCCCAAUCUAUCCCCGAUUUCGAGGCGCGUGGACAAGAAAACGCGAGCUUCGAGGACCACCCCAUCGCGCUAAGCCCCUCGUCGCGUCGCAAUCUCGAGAGGCCAGCGCGUCACUCUGUGCACCUCGACAUAUCAGGAUCCUCUAAAAACGGCAUCGCCAAAUUUUUCGAGACUAACGACCCAUUUCCGGCAAUGUCCGUAAGCCCGCUCAAGCGGAGCGACGUAACCAUGACCUUGGGUCAGUCAAACCGCGGCAGCCCGGUCGCGAAGCGUCGGAGCCUGCACGGGAUCUCCAGUCUCGGGGGUGACUCAGAUUCUCUCGAUCAAGAUCCUGCGUCUACCCAGGGAUUUGACAUUCAUGAGGACUCGAUUCACGAGUACCAAUUGACGGGCUCAGACCCAUCCAGCUCUGAGGACCAGCUUGCAUCUCCUACUCCAUCUGCCCUGCCAAAGCGGUCGUCGUCGCUGAGGAAGAGUACCUUGCAGCAGCGACAUGUCGAAAAUCGAUCAUCUUUGGGCCGCCGCACCGGCGAGAAGCAGCUGGCACAACUUACCAACGAGGCUUCUACGCCUGCCCGGAACAGGCCCCGUUUGGCGCUGGAUCAAUAUCUCCCGCCCGAGGAGCGUGGAAGCCCCUUUGUGCAAGCCCCGUUGGCGAAACCGGCGGCUCAGCCAGUGCAGCGCCCUCAUCCGCUGUCGCGGUCACUGACCCAGGCCUCAUUGACCCUGUCCUCGUCGGGAUCGAGCGUGAUGGACGAGUCUCCAACCCAUGUUCCUGUUCAGAGGCCGCGGGUUCCGCCCAUCUUUGCCAAAUCGUUGCCCCAUGGACCUCGUCCCGCCCUAGCUGGCGAGUUCGUGGAGACACCAGAAUACAAGCAAGCAAAGCCGUUUCAGGCCGCCUUCAUGUCGACGGGCCUAGUGUCCAAGAUGAACCGCAAUCCAGAUCUCGGUCCGUCCAAUCACCCUGGUGUUAGCGCUGUUGCCAUGCCGGACACGCCCUGCAAAAAGCAAUCCUACAACGCCAGCACUUACCCGCCCAAGCAUACCAGUGGUGGACGGCAUUCGCGGGUUUCUUUGGGGAGCCCUUCGUCGCCUUUCAGUUCCGUAGCUGCUCCCGCGGCUGAGAAAUUGUUUGGGACUCAGAACAAAUCCGGCGGUCUUUUCUUCCAGCAGAUCCGCUCCGGCCACACCCGGAAGGCUAGUGUGCUGAGCAUCGAUGGGGAUGAACUCGUCGGAUCCCAGGACGAUCUCCCUCCGACUCCUACCAAGAAUCUGUUCUUCAAAUCGAUUCCGGCGUCUUCUCAGGGCGGCCAGGCAACCAAUGGCUCGCGUGCCUUUGUAUUGGGCAGCGAAGCUGCUGCAACUGAUCCUCAGUCUGGACCCGUGCAGGGUUCCUCGACCAACGAUGAGCAGGGAGGGGCUCAGCAGCUCAGCGAUGCUGCCGCUCGUCCUUCUACUCCCUACUCCACCGGCUCGCCGUCCCUGGGCUUUUCAAUUUCUUCCCUGGCUGGCAACCGUCCACACAAUGCGGCAUUUGCCACUCCUGCCCCGACCAGAGUUUCGCCCGCUUUCUGCGCUACGGUCAGCAAUGUAGGCAAGCAGUAUGUCGAGACCGACUCCGCCGCCGUAGCGAGUCCUUUGAAGAAUGAGAAUCUGUCGCCUCACACGCCUCAAGAUGCGGCCGACGAGCCGAUGGGCCCGCCCAACCCCGGCUCCCUGUCGUUUUCCAACGCGCAGGUAGCGAGUGCCAAACAAAGCCGGCCGCCUGCGACUCCUACCACAUCCCAUGCCCGGCAUUCGUUUCUUAGCUUCGCCGAGCGCCGGCUGAGCAUCACGCCUCAGAAUGGACAUGGUCCAGGCGAUGUUGACGAGUCAUUGUUGAACCGGUUUGACAAGGCGGAAGCCAUUGGCAAAGGAGAGUUCUCUCAGGUGUAUCGCGUUGUCAAGUCGUCGGAGCCUAGCUCGCUCAUGACAGUCUUCUCGAUGACCCCACGGACCCCUUCAAGCCCGGAAAAUACCGGAGCAGUGUAUGCCGUCAAGAAGCUCAAGGUGCCCUUCCACAGCGCCAAGGCGCGUGAGGCGAAGCUUCAGGAGGUGGCGAUUUUGCAAGCGCUCAGCAAUUCUAGCAAGGUUGUGCAGUUCAUUGACGCCUGGGAGUACCACGGCCAUCUCUACAUUCAGACGGAGUACUGCGCCGAGGGCAGCCUUGACCGAUUUCUGGGGAAAGUUGGACAGACCGGCCGCUUGGACGACUUCAGAAUCUGGAAAAUACUCUUGGAGACGGCUCAGGGAUUGGCCGCGAUUCACAGUGCCGGCUUCAUCCACCUUGACCUCAAGCCCGCCAAUAUUUUCAUCACCUCUGAUGGUUAUCUCAAGAUUGGUGACUUUGGUAUGGCGACUCGCUGGCCAGCCGCCAAGGGCAUCGAAGGCGAGGGAGACCGUGAAUACAUCGGCCCGGAGAUUCUCCUUGGACAGUACGACAAGCCUGCCGACAUUUUCGCUCUUGGCUUGAUCAUUCUCGAGAUUGCCUGCAACGUGUUCCUCCCGGACAACGGUCCGGUUUGGCAGGCGCUGCGGAACGCUGACAUGAGCAUCGUUCCCACCCUCACCUGCGGCGAAGCCGGUGCUCUCGUCCGCGAUGCCAACGGCGUACCCAUUGGACACGAGGCCAACAUCUCUGCUGCAUCGGAUGACCACGAAAUUGACGUUGCAAUGGAUGCAAAGCGUUGCAGCUCGUCUCCCUUCGAAGCGAAGACGCACGAUGCCAGCAACCUCUUUGGUGCGCAGAAACGAGCCGAGUUGCAACACCCUCCGUCCUUCAUGCUGGACCCUAAGGAUCCUCAUUCUCUGGACAACAUUGUCAUGUGGAUGAUCCAGCCGAAUCCUGCAAAUCGUCCUACCGCCGAGCAGCUGCUGGCAUCGGAGCCAGUGACGUGGAUCUCGAGCCGCCGGGUUGCUGGCGCUGUCACGUAUGAGGGGAACUGGGGUCCGCAGAGUGGUCCAUCCGAGUUCGACACCGAAAUGACGGAUGCUUGA